CAUUUCGGAAAGAAUAGGUCCUACAGUUAUUUGUAUCAUAGAGCUUUUAGCGCACCGCAGGCAAGUACAGCAUACACUGUCGUGUUUAUCUCUAACUGUAUUUAAUGGACUUUUAUCCGUAUAAGUCGCACUCCUGUUAGCUGCUGGUUUGUGUUUUAUACGAGAACACAGGAUGUCGUACCCUCCUCCGAUGAAUCGCCAGCAGAUUGGCAUCCCACAGUUACCCCCGAGGAUCCCACCUCCUCAGUAUGGGGGGUUUGCCACUGCUGUCCCACCAGGUACCCCAAUGAUUCCAGUUCACAUGGGUGUAGUGACCCCCACACCCACAGUUCUUGUCCCAACCACAGUCUCUGUAUCACAGAAGCCAAUGAUUCCAAAAAAGGAUUCUGGUGCCAUCAGAUCGAAGGAUACAGAUGACAGCAGUGGCCCCACCACCACCGUAUUUGUGGGGAACAUCUCUGAAAAGGCUUCAGACAUGUUGGUCAGACAGCUUCUAGCGAAAUGUGGUAUUGUACUAAGCUGGAAACGGGUCCAAGGAGCUUCUGGAAAACUUCAAGCUUUUGGGUUCUGUGAGUAUAAAGAGCCUGAAUCUACUCUGCGAGCACUCAGACUUCUACACGAGUUGCUUUUAGGUGACAAAAAGCUGUUGGUCAAAGUAGAUGCCAAGACCAAAGCCCAGCUAGAUGAAUGGAAGGCCAAAAAGAAAAGUGCCAAGGGGGGAGCAAGUAGUGGGUCAAAGACUGAGGAGGAAGAUGAGGAGGAGGUUCUUGAUGAAGAAACUUUGCGGCGUGACCAGGUGGUGAAGGGGGCAAUAGACGUCCUCAUUAGAGAAUAUGCAAGUGAGCUCAACGCCCCCUCACAGGACCCUGACAGUCAACCUCGCAACAAGAAGCGAAAAGAGAAGAAAGAGGAGGAGGAUAUCAAUGCUAUGGAGAUGGAGGAUGACAAGAGAGAUUUGAUUUCCAGAGAGAUCAGUAAAUUUCGUGAUACACACAAGAAACUGGAGGAGGAAAAAGGAAAGAAAGAAAAGGAGCGUCUGGAGCUUGAGAGGGAAAGGAGAGAGAGGGACAAAGAACGGGAGCGUGAGAGGGAGCGCCGAGACCGUGAAAAAGAGAAGGAAAGGGAGAGGGAGAGGGACAAGGAGCGGGAAAGAGACAGAGACCGGGAACGAGAACGGGAAAGAGAUCGGGAACGGGAGAGGACAAAGGAGCGAGAGAGGGAACGAGAGAGGGAGAGGGAGAGGAGUCGCGACGUCAGCGAAGACCGAAGUAGAUCAAGAGAACGGACAAGAGAGGAUAAAAAACGAGACCGUGAUGAGGAUGAGGAAGAUGUUUAUGAACGGAGAAGACUGGAGAGAAGGCUCAGAGAUAAAGAGGCUGCCUAUCAGGAGCGCCUAAAAAACUGGGAGAUCCGUGAGAGAAAGAAGUCAAGAGACUAUAGUAAAGAAAUGGAGCGGGAGGAUGAGAGGCGUCGGGAAAUGCUGAAGGAAGGCAAAAGACUGAAAGAAUUCCUUGAGGAUUAUGAUGACGACAGAGAUGACCCUAAAUACUACAGGGGCAGCGCUUUGCAGAAACGACUUCGUGAUCGAGAGAAGGAAACAGAACUGGAUGAGCGAGACCGGAAGAGGGAAAAGGAGGAACUGGAGGAGAUCAGACAGAGGCUUCUCGCUGAGGGUCACCCUGACCCUGAUGCUGAGCUGCAGAGGAUGGAGGAAGAGGCAGAGCGCAGACGACAGCCCCCUUUGAAACUUGAGCCUGAGGAGGACAUGACCCAAAAGGAAACGCAUCAGAAUCAGGAGAAGAGAGGGUCCGGACGGCCUGCAGAGCCUGCACCCUGCGGACCCCAGCACCAUUCAGACGAUGAUGUUGAGGAUGGGGAGGAGGAUGACUAUCAUGAUGGCGAGGACUCACAAGAAAUUAAACCACAACUCAAACCUGUCAUGCGACCAAUCACUACAGCGCCCUCAGUGUCUUCUGCCAGUGGGAACGCCACUCCAAACACACCUGGUAAUGAAUCUCCCUGCGGGAUCAUCAUUCCAGGCGAGAACUCUCCUGAGGUCCAGCCAACUGAAGAACACCGGCCUAAGAUCGGCCUCAGCCUCAAACUGGGAGCCACAAACAGUCCUAGUCAGCCCAACGUGGGAAAACGAAAGAAACUGGCAACUGUGGAGAGUGUUUUUAACAAGUUCGAUGAUGAGGAAGCAGAUGAGCAGCCCCGUAAAAGGAAACUGGUCCCACUUGACUACGGCGAUGAUGACAAGAGUCUGGGGCUGGAUGGGGCCGAAAUUUCAGGGUCUAAAGGCAGCAUCAACACAGAAGAGAAACGUAAACACAUAAAGAGCCUUAUUGAGAAGAUUCCUACGGGCAGACCAGAGCUCUUCUCCUACCCUCUGGACUGGGCUAUGGUGGACUCGACCUUAAUGGAUCGCCGCAUUAGGCCAUGGAUCAAUAAGAAGAUUAUUGAAUACAUUGGUGAAGAGGAACCCACUCUGGUUGAUUUUGUUUGUUCAAAGGUAAUGGCUCACAGCACCCCUCAGGGUAUCCUUGAUGAUGUGGCUAUGGUUCUUGACGAAGAAGCAGAAGUCUUCAUAGUAAAAAUGUGGCGGCUGUUGAUAUAUGAAACGGAGGCUAAGAAGAUCGGACUGGUGAAAUAAAGAUCACACUUCUCUCUGAUUGACUUCUUUGCUCACAGUACCAUGUCCGUGACCUUCAGUUUCUCACCUGGCAGACUGUCAGCUCGGGUCCAUACUCCCCCCAUUCCGUCAGUGUGGAGCUGCUGCCUUGUGGGUUUGGACAGGACAGUUUGUGAAGAGAAAGAGUUUGCACAAACAUUCUGCAUGAUAAAACCUUGGUUGUAGUUUUUUUUAUUUGUUAAAUCUGUUGAGGCAAAAGACAGAGUUGUAUUCUACCCAUCUGUUCUCUGAUAUGUUGGACAACUUCUGCUUUAAUUUACUGUCAUCAUGUUGAGGCACUGCUCCAUUGUGUGAACUAAUAAAUAUCUUUUUUUUAACAAA